CACUUCUACAACUUCACUUUUAUUUCUCAUUUCUUUCCUCUCCGGUUCUCUUCCAAUAUGCCCUUCUUCCCCAACUUCAAUAUUGUCACACCCCAAAACCCGAAUUCGAGGCACGACAGACGCCGUGCACUCGUGAACGGGUCCCACGAAUGCACAAGAUUCAAAACUUAUCCAAUUCACAUCUGACAAUCCCAUAACUCAGAUCAGAUAUUUCAAAAUUAAUUCUUUGUCCAAUAUGACUUAACUCAAAAUCUCCAGAUCAAAUCUCUUAUAACUAACAAUCCACUAAAUGAAUUUAUACGAUCUCCAAUUACAAUCUAGUUUGCAAUAUCGUCAUUUACAUCUAAAAUCCAUAUUCAAUUACAAGAUGGCUAGCCUUCUAACUCGUCACUCCUCUUGGUUUCCCCGUCCUCGGUUUUCCUUCC